CCCACUGGAAAAAUCUUUCCAAAAGAUACGCCUUCUUAUUCGAUGGGAACCCAGGCUUCGCAUCCUCAUCAAAGUGCCUCCGCUAAAGAGAGACCCAUCACAAAUUUAUCAAAUCACAAAUCACAAACCACAAACCAAACCUUGCAUUUUCCAAAGAAACACUACAAGCGCAGAAAACUAACACCACAACAACAAGAAAAAGGAACACCAUGUUGACCCACCAUGCGAUGCGUACCAUGCGUUCGACGGUUCUGAGGCGUGCCCUUAUGCCCUCCUUGACGGCAACCUCCCUUCCAACGACGAAUAAUUGUAAUAAUUCUCGUCCUUUUUCGACGGCCCCUGCCAGCAACAAAACUCCCUGGUUGGAUUUCCUUCGAGAACACACCACUUGUGUCCAUGAGAUUGUCUCCAAACCCGACAUGUUCUGUCGUCAAUGUGAACAAACCAGCAAUCAUUUCGCCUGUACCACGGUGGGAAUCUGUGGAAAGAGCAGUGAAACGGCAUGUAUUCAGGAUACGCUCAUGCAGUUGAUCCGGUCCGUGGGAGAAUUGGCCGUGGCGGCAAAUGAAAAAGGAGGGAUCGAUUUGAAACCGGUUCAUGUAUGGACUCUUCAAGCCACGUUUUCCACAUUGACAAAUGUCAAUUUUAGUGAUGAUCGCAUUGCCGAAUUUAUUGAACAGGGCGUGGCGGUCGCCAAGGAUUUGGAAGCCAAGCUAGACAGUGCUCCUUCCACUGUUCAUCAAGAGUUGGAUGGAUUGGCCGUCGAAGAGUUGGAAGAAAAAGGACUCGAAAAAUUCUCCAUCCCCACAAGACAAAAGGAAAUGGGGAAUGAUGAUGCUUUUUGCCUCAAUGAACUGGCAACCUAUGGGCUCAAGGGAGCUUGUGCAUAUGCCGCCCAUUGCUACCAAUUGGGAUACUUGAAGGAUGACAUCAUGAUGGAUAUUCACAAAAUUAAUGCUCAGUUGAACAGCAGUGAACCAGACAUGGAAGGACUUCUGGCUGCCUGUCUCAAGGUUGGAGAAAUAAAUACACGAGUCCUCGCAUUGCUCGAUGAGGCUCAUGCCACUCAGUUUGGAGAUCCAGAACCCACUCAAGUAUGCACUACUGCCGUACAAGGCAAGUGCAUUCUCAUUUCGGGACAUGAUUUGGUCGAUUUGCAGGCUCUCUUGGAACAAACCGAAGGAACCGGCAUCAAUGUCUACACUCACGGUGAAAUGCUGCCGGCCCAUGCCUACCCCGAGCUCAAAAAGUACAAGCACCUUGUUGGAAAUUACGGAACAGCCUGGCAGAACCAAAAGUUUGAGUUUGCAGGAUUCCCAGGACCUAUCAUUGUGACCACCAACUGUGUGUUGGAGCCACGAAAAAUGUACAAGAAGCGAGUCUACACCAUGAACGAGGUCGGUGUCGAUGGUGUACAGCACAUUGGACCCGACAGGGACUUUUCCCCCGUCAUUGCUCAGGCCAAAUCUCUCAAGGGAUUCCCAAGGACCAUUGAACCAGCCAAGCAUCAUACUGUAGGAUUCAAUCACAGAGCAGUCCUCCCAUUGGCCGAACAGGUCUUGGACGCCGCCAAGAGCGGAGCCCUCAGUCGCAUCUUCCUCAUUGGAGGUUGCGAUGGAUCACAGUGGGAUCGAUCUUACUUUACCGAGUUGGCACAGGAAACCCCUCCUGAUUCGCUCAUUUUGACAUUGGGCUGUGCCAAGAACCGCAUCAUUCAUGAUGAAGACUUGUUGAAUGCCAAACUAGCCAAUGGGUUGCCCCGAGUCUUGGACAUGGGACAGUGCAAUGAUGCAUUCAGUGCCGUGGUGGUGGCAACCGAACUGGCCAAGGCAUUGGAUUGCAGCAUCAAUGAUCUGCCCCUCAGUUUGGCGGUGUCUCAUUUGGAACAAAAGGCCGCUGCUGUCUUGUUGACCCUGUUGCACUUGGGCGUCAAGAAUAUUCGACUUGGACCUACCCUUCCAGCUUACUUGACACCCAAUGUUAUCAAGAUAUUGCAGGAUGAGUACAACUUGAUGGCCACUGGAGAACCCAUUGAUGACUUGGAACUAAUGAUGGAAGGAAAGUAGAGAAACGAGGAAGGUUUAGAUUGUUUUUGCUUGCUUUUUGAUCGGUUUACCAGCAAGAAAUGAAUGAAAAAAGUAUCAUACACAAAUGAUGAUUCGAUUCCUAACUAUUAGCAAUGCGUGUGUUCACGAACUACCUGUCGAUAGCCGGACUGCACCAUCAUCUUUAUUAAGCAGUUGAAGACCGAAGGAAUUGUUUUGAAGGUGCUCUGGUUGGUACCAGUAUUUGAGCCUGGGCUUUUGAAUCUCUAGCAAGCCAGUAGUCUACUUUGGGCAUCCCACUAAGGUACCGGUAGCACAGGUAUGGAAGGCUGGUGAUGCGUCCCUUCGUCUAGAAGCACCUACGUACAUGCACGGUAAGGAUGCAGGUCACUGUUGGGGGUUCGGCAUCGUAUAAAGUAUUAGCGUUAUGUA